GGAAACCAAAGCGAAGAAAUAAAAAAGACGAAACGGAGGGAAGCAAAAACUUUCUUCCAGGAUGGCAAAACGAUAAGCGCACAAAAAUAAAAAUGCCCGCUCUGCUGCGUGGCGUAUGAUGGAACGAAGAAAAAAAAAAAAAAAAAAAAAGCGGCAAGCAGGUUCAAAUCACAUUAGGCUGAAGAAAGCCAUCUGCAGUGAAGGACCCACGCUCUCAAUUCAAAUGAUAAAUUGGAGGCACAAACAUGCAUAUAUGGUUAAGAGGCAAACCCAGAGGCUGUCGCCGUCGCAACAGCAGAAAUACGAUGAUACGAUGAUGUGCGCCACAGCAAAGCAAAUCAACCAACGCAGUGGAAAAUGAAGGAGCAUAUGUAGACCUUUGCCCCGCCCCAAAAGUGAGGCAACAAAAUGGGGCAAAAGGCGAACCACUGGGCUGUUUCCACAGGGGGUAGGAAGUCCUCACAUGAGUAUGCACAGUAGUAUGCACAUGGGGGUACAGGCAGAUUCGUGUUGGCUACUCCAAUGUGGGGGGAAAUAACACCAUUUAGUACUUUCACGUAACGGUUACCCCCUUUUCAGUCCUUCUCACCCUUAAGUGGAGGGAAAUUCAUUGGCAUAUGCGACCCUCAGCCGGUUCACAUUUGAACAGUUGCGUCCUUUACUCUUUUCGCAUGCCCGUGUUG